CGGACCCCGAGAUAUUUUUCAUCUUUACGCCACUCAUAUUUUGUUAUAAAGAAGAAAUCGUGGUCUCUUCAAGACGCGUAAAAAUGACGCGUUAUAAAUAUUGCUUCACAAAUCGUGAUUAUGCAUCACCCUGAUUGUUGAUAGCAAGCGAUAUAAUUAAAAGGACUCAAAGUGAAUAUAUAGCGAAAUUACAAUGUGGGAAGAUGAGGCUGCACCAUGGGAUAGCGGGGAACCUGCACCGGCAGCGGGCGCCGAGGGUGCAGCGGAAGGUGCGCCUGCCGAGGGUGCGCCUGCCGUUGAGAGACCGGUCCUGAACUUACUGAAGCUCGAGCCACCGCAUUACAACCAUCACUGGGUUCGACCACUGUUUCUCAAUUAUGCGUAUCUUUACGAUUAUAGGAAGAACUAUUAUAACGACGUGAUCGACUAUCUUGAUUCGAGGCAGAAGGGUUUAUUCCGCGAGCCGCCCAGGGCUCAGGAAUGGGCAGAAAGGGCUUUAAGGACCUACGAUGAAAAGAACGUGGAUAAAAGCUUCAAGCGAUCGGCCGACAUGAAGUACAUCACCAAUUUGAGACUCAGCCAGACAUCCAGACAUUAUAGCUACCAUACUCGUGCCUACUAUAGUUUGAAGUACCAGAAAAUCCUGUGAAUGUCUAUUAAAAGACAAUCAAAGGUAACUGAUAUGUCACAUAUCCGCUCACGUGUAUGCAGUCUCUCACGUGUAGGAUCUUUAUUAAAAUAAUUUUUUUCGACGUAACGUCUUUCUAAUCUAAUUGUCUUCUAUUAUAUCGUCUUUUUGCGACUUGACAAUUUUUAUUAGGUAUUUUGUAUAAGCUAGUGAGACAAAUAGCAUUGCAAUUUACGUGUGUUUGAUGAUACUGAUGCAAUCGAUAAUGCAACGUCUGUCUAUUGCAAUUAAAAUGAUAUAUUGUAUAUUUGUAUACUUCUUUGACAUGUGUAUCGUUAGAGAUUGACACUGUAAAAUAUAUCUUCGCUCCUAAAUGAA